AACUAUUAAUAAAGGCAGGAGCUUUAUUGAACCCAUCAUGGGGGAUACUAAGCUCUUCCUUUUGCUGCUUUUAUGCAGUAUCGUCUUGGCUGAACCUGAAAAGGAAAAUGAACUGUGCCUUUUGGCUAAAAGGUACAAAAGCCUUCACAAGUAUGAGUACCUUUAUGAAGCAGAGUCGCUAAAUGUCUUAAAUGGAGCCAUCAACGGCCCAAAAUUCAGCUGCAAGGUGGAGAUUGAGGUUCCCGGUACAUGUCAAUAUAUUGUGCACACCCAGGAGUGCACAAUGAGCGAGGUCAUGGAUGUUGAUGCAGAUGAAAACCCAGUCUUUGGCCCACCUGCUGGUGCCGACACAUUCAAGGCUGAAAUGGAGAAGAACCCAUUAAAGGUCAUUGUUGAGGGUGAUAAUGACAUCAAGCUGUUCCCUCAAGAUGGGGAGUUAAUCAACAUCCUGAACAUCAAGAGAGGUAUCAUCUCUGCUCUCGUUGUGCCUGGAGUUCAGGAGGAGAUGAAAAAGGAAAUGCCUACCAUCUACGGUCUGUGCAAAACUGAUUACAUUGUAAACAGCAAGGAAGAUGUAACCCUCAACAGAGACUUGUCUAAAUGUGACCAGUUCAGGGCAAUCAAAGGCCACACCAGCCCUCUUGCCCUCUUUACAGACAGGGACUUUCCAGCUGAUCUACUGUUGAACAGCAAACAGACUUGUAACUACAAAUUUGACAAUCAGAUGAACCAUAUGACCUCUGCUGUCUGUACUGAGAACCACCUCGUAAAACCUUUCUCUUACAAAGAAAAGUAUGGAGCUACCAGUGUUGGCAAACAGAUGCUGUCUCUCUUGGGAGUGACUAAGUACAAUGAAAGAGUGUUUGAUUACAACGAGGCCAACAUGAAGUCUUUGCACAUUGAUAGCAGUGUCGAUAUAAGUUCUACUCAGGAUGAAAAUGCCAUUCUUGCUGUUCUUAGAGAACUGGCUGGACUUUCCCAAACCUCUGAUGGACACAAGAGAGCGCACCUGGCUUACAAACUUGUGGCCAUGAUGCGCAAAACAAAUGCUGACACUCUGUCUACUGCGUUAGAAGAAGCAAUGAAGAUCUCUCCUUCCAUAACUUACCAGGCUCUGUUUCAGUGUGGUAGCCAAGAGUGCAGCAGUGCCCUCAUGAAAAUGAUCAGGACCAGGAAAAGUGCUGAAAUUGAUGCUGUGCUUUAUGCUAUGGGAAUGGUGCCCAACCCUACUCGUGUCCUUGUCAAGGAUAUGCUGGAGAUGGCCAAACUUAAGCCCAGCAAGCUUGUUUACUAUGCUCUCAGCAAUGCUGUCCGGAGGCACUAUCAGUCUCAGGAAAAAGUCACCCCUGAAAUCAGGGCAGUUGCUGAUUAUGCACUUGAACAGAUUGGAGAUUGCACAGGUGACCAGGAGCACACCUAUUUGACUUUGAGGGUAAUUGGAAACAUGGCUGCUGCCGUAUAUGCUACCAGCCCUGCCCUGAAGUCAGCUGUGAUCCAGUGCAUUAACCAGCCUGCCUCCACUCCAGAAGUUCAGCAGGCUGCCAUUCAGUCCUUCAGAUUGAUACCACUUCCCGAAGAGGGCAGAUCAGUGCUGAUGAAAGUUCUGCUGGAUAAAGAUGCCCCUGUACAGAAACGCAUUGCUGCUUACCUUAUCCUGAUGAAGGAUCCACAGCCUAAUGAACUUGAUCAGUUAGCUACUGCUCUACCUAGUUUUGAAAAUCUGCAGGUCAAGAGCUUUGUCAUAUCUCAUCUCACCAACAUUCUGAGUUCUACUGAUCAAGAGACCCAAGAGCUGAGGAAUAAGAUUCUUGAUGCCCUUCAAGGCAAUGAGGUUGGAAACGUCAUGAAUCCCACCAAGUUUUCUCGUAACUACAAGAUCAGCUAUCUAGAGGGAAACAUGAUCUUUGAGGAAGAAAAUAAACUGCCGAAGGAAGUCGUACUUGAAAUGGCCCUGAAUGCUUUUGGAUAUUAUGAAGAAAUGGUUGAGGUUGGCAUGGAAAGCAAGGGGCUUGAGCCGACUGUUGAGGCCUUGUUUGGUUCAGAUGGUUUCUUUCCUGAUACUGUGCUAAAGACAAUCUUCUUUGCUACUGACAAUAUGCCCGCCAAAGUUAAUGAGGUUCUGAACAACAUGAUUCCAGCACUGGCAAAUGAGAGAAAAAAGAGACAGGUCUCCAAAAGCAUCAUCAAAGAAAUCACUAAAAAUUUUGACAAGCUGAUCAAAAAUCUUAAGGCCCAGGAUACACCUGAAGCCAUGCUCUACCUGAGAGUGAUGGGUGCUGAGCUUGGCUAUCUUAAAACAAAAGAUAUUGAGGACAUGGCCUAUGUUGUAGCAAAGAUGGCUGGAAACCUAGUGAGGAUGUUCCCCACUGAUUACAUCAAGAGUCUGUUCUCGAAUGCAGACAAUGGGAUUUUCCUUCAUUACAUCUACUUGGAUGAUCAGUUCUCCCUGCCUACUGGUCCUGGUGUCCCACUGAAGUUUGGUCUGUCUGGUACUUUCACACCAGGGAUCAAAGGAGGACUCAAAAUUUCUCCUGAUAUGAGUGAGAUUGCAUUCAUGCCAUCUGCUGGUAUUGAGAUUGUGACUGAAAUUGGUACUCACCUUCCGGACUAUGUUGAUUCUGGCUUGGAGAUGCACACAAACCUCUACCAUGAGAGUGGUCUAAGAGCUAAAUUUACAAUGGCUAAAAAUCAGAUCACGCUGACCCUUCCUAGUGCAAACCCAAUGGAACUCCUGAGUAUUACGAAUUCCCUGGUGUCUGUGGCCGGUAGCAAGACUAAAAGCAUUCCUGCUACGAUGGCUCAGAAGGAUAUGAGGGGCUGUCAUGUCUUCCUCCCUGGCGCGAAACUCUGCACUGUCAUUCAGUUCCCAGAGGCCAACGCAGAUAUAGACUCCCCAUAUUUUCCCCUCACUGGAGACAGCAAAUUUGCUCUUGAGCUGCACCCCUCUUAUGAUGUCUCUGCGUAUACAGCCACCAUUAAGUAUGAACUCGUGGAGAGUACUGACAAAGUUACCUUUGUUAUAAAACCUGAGGGAACAUCCACUGAAGCCCAAGUCGACCUGAGGUUCAACAGAGAGCAUUAUACCACUUCUGUAGAUCUUCAGAUCCCAGACUGUGACAUUGAGGCAGGAAUUAGAAUUGGUGCCGCUGACUCAAGCAUUAAAGGCAAAGCCACACAUUCCAUCCAGAUGGACUUUAUUAACAAGAAAGUCACCCAGGCAUCUCUGGUUGGCCUGGCAAAGAUUGAGACGAUGAACGACGCUCAGCUGCAGGUUCAGUUGCUUGUCCCAGCUCUUGAUGGUGUUGCUAAAGCGACUGCCAGUCUAAAGCGUGCUCAGGAUUUGACAGUGGAGCUUGAAAGUGACCUUAAAUUCCUCAAUGCCUCAUCUAUCCAGAAAAUCAUUUUAAAAUAUGAUGAUGAGAAAAUUGAAGCUGAGAUUAAGUCUAAUGUCAGUGCUAAAACUGAGGAAAUCAUUUCCAAACUGGACACCAUUAAAAAUGAGAUCAUCGACGUUCUGGAUCAGCCUUUUGGCGAGGCUGAAAUGAAAGUCCGUGACAUGUUAACGUCAUCAGUUGAGGCCACACACAACUAUCUUGAAGCUUCCAAGAUUCCAUUCAUGGAGAAACUCCAGGUCCCUGCCUUCCCUGAGAUCGACAUUCCUGAAAAUCUGUUUUUAAAUAUUGAGGCUGAUGCUAAGUACUUCUACAAUGAUUACUACACAAUAACCCUUCCCAUGCCCCUUGGUGGAAAAUCAACAAAAGAUUUGAACAUCCCUCCUGCACUCGCCACACCCAGUCUGGCUGUGCCUCAGCUUGGUUUGGACUUAGCCUCUAUUAGAAUUCCUCUUCCUGAGGUAUGUGUUCCUAAGACCCUGACUGUAAGUCUGCCAAUUGCUUGGAGGACAGAAGCUGCUGGUAAGCUUAGCAGCAACCUCUACGAUUUGGAUGCUACUGUGUCUGCUGGCAGAGAGUCUACUGACCAUCAGAGCUAUUCUGCGAGGGUUAAAGUAACUGGAACAAGCCCUGUGGAUGUUCUCUCCAUUAAAGUUGAAGGAGCAGCCGUUCUUACUGGAAUACUGAGUGAUUCAAUGAGAGCGGAGAUGAACACUGCUGUCAGUCACAAACUCCUUGAUGCCAGCAUUAGCCUUACUGAAGAAGUUACCAUGAAUGAGAACACCAAUUUAAAAUCAAUCAGCAAACUAGACGCUAAAAGUCCACUUGGAUUGAAGCUUUCUCUGGAACAUACAGGCCAAGUAGGAUUCAACAAAGGAGAGAUCUCUGGGGAUAACAACGUACAUGGAUCCUUUGUGACUGGUCCCGUUAAGGGUGAUGUCACCCUCACACAGUCGAUUGCUGUCCUCCCAUUCAUACCCGAGGCAAAGUAUGAUUCUUUAUUAAAAGUAGAUUCAACUCCUUUCCAGGGACAAAACAAAAUGGAAGCAACCUUUUCUAAUGGAGAGCUGUCAGUUGUAUCAAAAACUGCUGCAUUUAAUGACAGACUGACACACAACGCUGAAGUCGCACUCAUGAAAUCCAAGUUUGCUGUAAAAUCAAUCACUAAAGCAUCGGCUCUGGGAAUGAAGAUCCAGAACAGUGCUGAAGCAAACAUUGCAGCUGGAGAUAUGAGAAUCAAAAUUGAGACCACAAGCAGUCGUUCUGAAGACCAUAUCAACUCACUGGUCACUGCAACUGUCGAUGCAAAUGGCCUGGUUCUUAGCAGUGAUUCUUCUAUCAGGCUAGCUAAACACACAGCUACACAAAAAGCCAGUAUGACCCUAAACAAAAAUGGCAUGGCUACCACUGGAACCACCUCAAUUAACAGCUUCAUGACUCUAAACAAUACCUUCAAUGGUAUUCUUCAUUCCUCUAAGGGAUCUCUAUCAGUUGAAACAGUAGGUAACUUCGGUGGCAUGGCUAUUGACAACACCAACACCUUGUCAGCUUCUAUGGCUUCUGUAGCAUUAUCUUCCAAGUCCCAAGUCAGCUUUGCAAAAGAUGUGUGGUAUAUGUAUGACAUCUCUGUGCAGGCAGAACCUUACUCUGCUAAUGUUGACGUAACAAAUCAUUUAAGGCUUGCCCCUGACACAGAGCUGAAACAAACUUGUGAGAUGAAGUUUGCAGAUCUGACUGGGAUGGCUAAAUGCAGUGCAAAUGGAAAGCUCAUGGGAGCUCAGCUGAGCCAUGACACUGAAAUGGAAAUUAUUGGAGUUAACAUCAGAUAUAAGAAUGAUGCUCAGUUUAAUUCCCAACUUGUUCACUUUACCAACACUCUUCAGGCCACAGCUGCUCCAUUCCACUUUAACUUGCAUGCACUUACCAAUGGUGAUGGAGAACUGCAUCUGUUUGGAAAGCAUAGUGCCCAGGUUUUCACCAAGGUCCUUGUUAAAGCAGAGCCAUUUUCCUUUGCACAUUCUCAUGAAUGUAGGCUUUCAGUCACACACGAGUUAAACAACAAUGUCAUACUUGAGACCAACUUUGACAACAAGGUUGACACCCUCCUGUCACCUUCUGUACAAUCAGGAACAGUCAGAAUGAAGACUAAGAUAAACGAUAAUAUAAUCAACCAAGAAUUCAGUGCUUAUAACAACCAAGAGAGAAUUGGACUGGAAGUGUCUGGAGUGGUCAAAAAUCUUGCUUUUAGCAGCGAUCAAGACUUGUUGUCUGUGUCUGCUUUUUUGAAGUACGAUAAGACCACAGAGAGCCAUGUUAUCAACCUGCAAUUGCUCGAGAGCCUGCCUGCCAUUCUAGAAGAGAUCAAAAUGGCAUCAGUGAACCUGGCUGAAGGAUUGCAGGAUUACAUAAAAAGAGAGGAGUUUGCUGUCAAAAUUCAGACUCUUCUACAACAUUUCAGUGAUUUUAUAAAUAAAUUAAAUAUUGAAGAACAGGCUGUACAACUUAAAAAGAACUUCAUUACACUGGCUCAGAACUGCCCAGUCAAUACAAAGGAUCUAGAGGCUGCUGUAACGAAACUGGAGAUUAUCACUAAGAACAUUAUAGCUGAGAUUGGUACUCAUGCCGGUGAGGUACAGGAUAUGAUUUUAAAUGGUGACAUGUCUGAAAAAAUAAUUCAAAAGAUAACUGAGUUAAAUAAGGAAUAUGACAUCCAUGGUAUGGUCCUUGCUUUGAUUGAAGCUAUUGAAGACAUAAUUGACAAUCAGUUUUCUGAUGGCACGGAUGAACUAAAUGUUAUUAAAUUGAAGCUACAAAGAUUUGUAAGAGAAAUAAAGUUAAUAGUCAAAGAUUUUGAUGCAGCAAGGUUUGCUGAUAAUAUGAAGGAGUUGAUUCUCAUAAUUGAGGAUGUGAACUCCAGACAAAUCACAGAGCAAAUCAGCAGCAUUGCUCAUACAAUGAAGCUGCUAAUUACUGAACUGAACAUCACUGGAAAGUGUAAAGCUCUCUACAAACAUGUAAAAGCUGUUGCUGAGAAAUAUGAGCUUGACAAGAAGACUGAAGAACUUUUGAACAAGAUUGCGGAUCUCAUCAAGCAGUUUAAAAUUAAUCAAACUGUCCAAGCCUUUGUUAAUCAUUUGAAAUCGAUUGACAUUCCCUUCAAACAUCUGUUGGAUGACUCCAUCGCCUACCUGAAGAACACUAAGAUAAAGCAGAUUAUUGAGGAUGUAAACGAAUCUCUUGAGGGUCUCGUCAGAUUAAUAAGGUCUUUGAAUUACAACACAUUGGUGGACCAGGCUAAUCAAGAAAUCAGUGAAUACACAACCAAACUGAAUGCCAUUGUUGUUUCACUGGAACUUCCCCAGAAAGCUGAAGCAACUAGAGAAUUCCUUAAUUAUGCUUUCUCACUGAGCUCUUCUUUCUUACAAAAACUGAGAGCAACAAAAGUCUCAGAAAUGCUAAAGUCAAUGAAAGACCUUUUUGACAGUGUGGCCCUUAAUGACAUUAAGACAUUUGCUGAAAAGCUCAAGCUGGAACUAAAUCAUUUAAACCUUGGAGAGGAAAUCCGUCAGGUUCUGCAGCAUGUAAAUGACGUCUGUGUGGAUGUUUUUGCUUUUGUCACUAGGAUACUUAAUGACAUUGCUGAGGUGGCCAUCGAUAAUGAAGCAAUUGUCACUGACCUAAAACAAAAAAUUAAGGCAGCUGUCAGUUACAUGCAAACAGCUGAAAUUAAGUUGCCCUCUUUUCCUGUCCCAUUCACUGACCUGGUUCUUCCUUCCAUGAAAUUCAGUCUGCACCAACUUGAAAAGGCUGAGAUACCAACUGAGUUUAACCUGCCACAAUUCACGAUUUUGGAAUCCUACACUGUGCCUGCAAUGACAAUCACCUGUGCUGAUAUUAAAGACACACUUAUGGAGCUAAUUGACUUCAUCAUCAACUUUGAUGUUGAGAUGUUGGUAAAUAAUGCUUACAUUGAAGAUCUCACAUUGAACUUUUUGCCAGAUAUCUCUGCAAUUUCACUGCCAGAGAUUACGGUUCCACAUAUUGCCUUUCCUGCUAUCCCCAAAUUAAAUGACAAGUUUAUGCUUGAAAUCCCUCUUCAGAUUCCUGAGAUCAAGCUGCCCCAAAUCCCUAGUGAAAUAGCGGUGCCUACAUUUGGAAAGCUCUACAGUGAGAUCAGAUUUAAUAGCCCCAUUUACACUUUGAGAACCUCUGCUGAAAUUCGUAAUUCUACUGAUAAUCAACAAAAGAAUCAUCUUAUUGCAUUUUUUUCCUCUGUCGGUGAAUGUCCAAACUUUAAUAUCCUAAACUAUAAACUAGAUGUGACCACCCGAAUUGGAAUUCCAAAAAUGAGCCGUGUGGUUAUUGCAGAGACCCUAAAGUUUAUACAUUCUGGGCUUACUGUUGAACACCAAGCAUCAGUAACAUUAUAUGGCCUCUCUGCCCAGGCCAUAGCCCAGACAACUGUGAAGGCAACUACCACACCAUACAAUGCAGAACUUGUUAACAAAGCCUUCUUAGCAGUGGAAGGUGGAAUGACAGCAUCUUUUGAUACAACCUACAAGCAUCAAGUGAAUGUCCCACUCCUAUCAUUGACCAGUGAUGCUAGUCUGACCCAGUCAACAGUUCUUCUGCAGAAAGGCACCACCUUCAGCCUGACAGUUAAAAAUGCAGGCAAUGACAAAUGUACAGUUUUUGGUUUGAAUGAUGAGUUCAUACACAAGAGUGACCUUUCCUUCACUAUGGACCCAGCAAGUGUAAAACUUACUUUUACAGGUGACACAGACAUUGAUUCCCUCUGUAAUGUCAAGAAGACCCUAAAUGCUGAGGCUGCUGCAUUUAAGCACAUUGGCUUCAAUGGCAAAAUUGAAACAAAAUCACCAUUCAUUAAAAACAGUGUAAUGGUUGCAUCUGGAUGGGCUGACCUUAAAAAAAUGAAGCUAGAUGUGGGAGCAACUCAUGACACAGAACUUGUUGGAGUUGUAAGUGGCAUGCUGUCCAAUGCCCUUAACAUCAAGGCACGUCCUAUUGAGAUUUCUGUUGAUUUUCAGAACAAAGCCAACACUAAAGUUAAUUUCCAUGAAAUCUUCUCUACCAAGAUUGAUCUUCAAAAUGACUAUGCUGCUGUUCUUAACUCCAAGAAGCAGCAUAUUAACUCUGCAGCCCUCGUGCGUUUUAAUCAGCACAAAUAUCACUAUAACUUCACGAUUGACAACAACAAUGCAGAGACUGGCAUUUAUGCUGCAGUAAAUGGUGAAACUGACCUUGAAUUUCUCAAUGUCCCUAUCAGCAUUCCAGAAAUUGUUAUACCAGAGUUUGAUGUUAAUAUCCAAGCCAUAAAUGAUGUCAAUCUAUAUGAAUAUAGUGGCCUUAAAGACCUAAUGGCCAAACCGACUCUUGAUGUGAAUGCCAAGGUCGUCUACCAAAAAAGCAAGGUAGCACCAGUUAUUUAUUUUGGCUUCGUUCAAGCUCCUGCUCUGGGUAACCUAAUCUCCGAGAUGUCUUUUAAAUCUUCCCUGUUUAAUCUUAAUACCAAUGCUGGAAUUUAUGGAGAUAAUGACUUAGUUGUCCGCAUCACUGCAGCUUCUACAUCAGUUUUUGAAAAACUGAAUGCCAACCUUGAAGGAACUAGCAGUUUGACCUUGAAGAGGGGACUGAAACUGGCCACAACAUUGUCUCUGAAGAAUGCUUACAUUGAAGGAACUCAUAACAGCACUGUGUCUUUAAACAGAGAUAAGCUGGAGGCUGCUGUAGCUUUGAUUACAGCUGCAAAGAUGAACCUGCCUGUCCUUAGCAUUGAAGCCAACCACAACUUGCUUGCAGACACCAAAACCAACCUAAAUGCUGCAUCGACCCUGACAGUAAAACACAAAUGUAACAUUCCUAUUAUCAAGGCUGUUGGUAAUGGAGACGCCAAGUACACUUUCAAGUUAGAUGGAAGUCUUUCCCAAAUUUCUGUUGAGUCCACCGCAAAGGGAAUGAUUGAUGGAACAUUUUUAGACACAGGCAUUGUAAAUGGAGCACUGGAUAAUGAAGCAACCAUGACCAUUAAUGAUGAAAGAUUCCGUUCCACCAUGAAGACAAAAGGCAAUGUAAAUAUUAAUAAUGGCAAUCUUAAAGUACAAUUUGAUCUUAAUGAAGACCUGAAUUCUGAGGCAACACUUGGUCAUGUGUAUACUGUUCUAAAUAGUGUCUACAGCAACGAAGUGAACAUUGCUAACUUUAACACCAAGGGUAAGCAUACUGCCAAAGCCACUAUUAAUGCUGCUCCAGUAAGCUCCCUAGUUGCUGAUAUAGAAUUUGACCUGUCUCAACCAAGCACCCUUGGUGAUUUAUCGUAUUAUGAGAAAACAGUUGUGGACUUGACUCUCUCAAAGAUUUCCUACACUGCAAAAUUGGCAUCUCCAGUGUAUACCACAAAUAUUGUGUUUGAGGUGAAUGGAAAUGCCCCAGUCUUCAAAGCUGUUUUCAAGUCCUCAGCCACAUCUCCAGUUGGACUCCUGGCAUAUGAUCUAGACAGUUACAUCAGUACUGAAAUGGAAAAUGAAGGCUUGACUGCAAGAGCUAAGGCAUACCUUAAACACAAUGACCUUACCAUGGACAUGAAUAGUGUUGUUAAAUCAAGUGCUCCAAGCCAUGAACUGAAUGUGGACAUUACCAGCCCGAAAUUUACAGAUUUAAAAAUUCGUUAUGUUGCUGAGAUGCAGGGACUGAAUGCAUCAGUUUUUACACCAUCGGCUGGCUACCUUGGUUAUAAGCUUCAGGGCAAGACACUAUCUCAACUGACUUCACGCCUUUAUGGCCGUUAUGUGUCUGAACCUGAAAAGGAUAUUGACAUGCUGAUUGUAAAUGUUGCUGCAUGGGAAGACAAAUUACAUCUCCAGGCUGAUUACAACUUAGAAGUACCCAAAGAGAUCAUUCUGGCCCUAAACGAGAGACUGGCAAUCGUUAUGUCUACAGUUUCCGAAUUAGCAGAAAAUCAUAAUGUUUUUGGUGCUGUCAGCAACCUCAAGACAACAGUUAACAGUGCUUAUACUAAAACCUACACUGCCACAGUCAAAUAUGCCUCUGAGCUUCCAGAACUCAAAACUCUCAUUGAUCAGCACCAGAAGAUUAUUCAGAAUCUACUUACUGCCAUUGUCAGGUUACUGAGGGAAACUCAGAUAAACCUGCUUGUUGUGGAGGAGGCUACUCUGCCUGAGAUCUGCCAGGCAAUUAGAAAUAAUGCUGCCAUCAUGUUUGAGCAAAUUUUUCAUGCAUUUACUGAAAGCUUGAAGGCUUGCGCUACUCAUUUUGAGUCCAUCGAAGUAAACCUGCCCUGGGGUGAGGUCUUAACUGCAGAUAAAAUGAUUCGUUUUUUGGAGGAAAUCCUUGCUGAAAUUGUGAUGAAGGUAAAACAGCAUAAAAGCCUUGAUGUCAUUCUUGAGAAUUUGAGUCACAGCCUCCCAAUGCUUGGUGAGAAGGCAAAGGAUCUCAUUGACUUUACCCUUCUUAAUGCUGGUUAUCUUGUUAAGUACAUUGAAAUGUUGUACUUCAACGCCAUGUAUGUAGUUGGGGACCUGAUUGCAGAAGCGAAUCAUUUGCUGACGACUGAUGGCUUAAAAAACUUAAUUGAUAAGUGCAUGGAACUGAUCGCUAAUGUCAUGAAUGAAUUUGCAAACAGUGUCUCAAAUAUUAUUCCAACAGAUAAUGCCCUGCUUAAAGUUGAAAAUGGAAGGCUGGAAAUUGACCUUCCUUUACCCUUCCACCAUUAAGACAGCCUAAAAACUUAGCAUGUGAAACACUACCAACAUCUAAGAGUAACAUUUUUGACUGACAGAAAAUUAACAGGACUGCUAAAUAACUAAACAUCAUCUCACUCUGUUCUUGAUGCAGUCAGUGCUAUCUUGUUCACCUCAUUAAUAGGAAAUUGUAUAUGUGACAUAAACCAAACACAAUAAAAUAUGUAUUGUAAAA